CCUGCUCCGUCCACGCGUGUGUGUUGUUUGAGCCGGGCCUCUGGCAACGCGAGAUUUGUGUCGGAGCAGAAACCAGACAUGUCGGCGUUCAAGAGAAAACGUGGAGGAAAAGGUCCCGUCGAUAAAAAGGCAAAGAAGGUAAAAUUUGUAGCAGACGGAGGCGAAGCACCGAGUGAGGCCGAACAGGAGAAGAAAAAUGAAGUCACGGUUCCAGCACCGGUCUCGUUGGGCAAAUGGACCAACAAGGAAAGAGUUCUCAUUUUCUCCUCCAGAGGCAUCAACUUCAGAACAAGACACUUGAUGCAAGACCUGAGGACCAUGAUGCCUCACUCAAAAGCAGAUACGAAAAUGGACAGAAAGGACAAGUUGUUUGUAGUCAAUGAGGUGUGUGAAAUCAAAAACUGCAACAAAUGCCUCUUUUUUGAGGCCAAGAAGAAGCAGGACCUCUAUAUGUGGAUUUCAAACAGCCCUCACGGACCCUCUGCAAAGUUUCUGGUUCAAAAUAUUCAUACACUGGCUGAACUCAAAAUGACAGGAAACUGCCUCAAAGGAUCCAGACCACUGCUGUCGUUUGAUCCGAAAUUUGACAAGGAGCCCCAGUACGCUUUACUGAAGGAGCUCUUCAUCCAGACAUUUUCCACUCCACGCUACCACCCUAAGAGUCAGCCUUUUGUGGACCACGUCUUCACAUUCACCAUUGGAGACAACAGGAUAUGGUUUAGAAACUACCAGAUCAUCGAAGAGGAUGCCUCUCUAGUGGAGAUCGGGCCUCGCUUUGUUCUCAACCUCAUCAAGAUCUUUCAGGGGAGCUUUGGAGGGCCUACGCUCUAUGAAAACCCAGAUUUCCAGUCUCCUAACAUGCACCGGCGAGAGAUCCGACUUGCAGCGGCAGCCAGAGUGCGCGAGAAGCAGAUGGUGAAGGAGAUACAGAAAAUGAAGAGGACUGAAGCGAAGCAGGAUUUGACCAAAGACGUAACAGCUGACGUCUUCCUUACACCAGCUGAGGAGAAGCCUGUUCACAUCGAAACAGAAGCACCUGAGCCAAAAGUGGCAAAGAAAAACCACCACAAAGCUUUCAAAAGGCAAAGGAUGCAGAUGGCACACAGGUAGCUGGGUGGACUGGAGGAAGCUGAGUGAAUGAUUUCCUUCUGCCAUGAUUCAAUACUGUCUCAAGAAAAUAUGGUAAUGGAACGGUGCAGUCAGGUCUGAAAUCCAAUGUGAGCUUUUUGCCAGGUUAUGAUAGAACUUCAUCAUUGAAGUAUCACAUAUUUGACAGUUCUAGUGAAAACCUUUAAUUAUGCACGUUGUGUUCAGUAUUUGUUGCUAUAGUUUGUGGAUUCAUACAAUAUAUUUUUCUCCCCUCAUCACAAGGAUUGUGCAGAUUAUAGCUGGUCACAAAAGUCUCAGCUUUUGCAAGACUGCAAGAAACAUUUGCCAUGCCUUUUUGAUAAAAGUGAAUUUUCCAUCAGUGUAAAAAAAAUUGUUUAUUAAGGUUGACUACAGUUGUUUUCUAUGUCAUGGAAAUAAAACAAUUCAAACUUAC